AAAACCAUGUUGAGCAAAUUGUCGGCAGUGAAAAAUUUGCUUGUUUGUUGGUUGACGCCGUUUAUUUGGUCACCGUUGUUGAUGAUGGGCAAGGAAGCCCAGUGUGGUUAUGUGGUGGCUGUGAUGAUCACCUAUUGGUUUACCGAAGUUAUUCCGAUGGCCAUCACAUCGGUGAUACCGGUCGUUUUGUUUCCUUUGUUGCAGAUUAUAUCGACCGACGAAGUGGCCAAAUCCUAUUUCAAUGGCACCGUAAUGGUCUUUUUGGGGAGUAUGAUCGCGGCGUCGGCUGUUUCCAAAUCAAACCUUCACGAACGAAUAGCCUUGAAAGUGAUCAUCUUGACUGGAACUUCACCCAGAAGAUUAUUCCUUGGAUUUAUGGCCACCACUGCCUUUCUUUCGAUGUGGAUAAGCAAUAUGGCUACAGUGGCCAUGAUGUUGCCCAUUGCAAAUGCAGCACUCGACCAAUUGACCAGACGUCAAUCGGUCUCGGUGAUGACAACAGAUGCAGUAUUAGUCAAUAUUGGUGACCGUGUCCGGACCAAUUCGAUACGAACCCGAUCAACGAUCAAGACAAGCACUUUUUCAGUGUUGCGGAAAAAACAAUCAAAACGAUUGCGCAAAGGUAUCCUGUUGGGAAUCUGUUAUGCGGCAAAUAUUGGCGGCACCGGAACAUUGACUGGUACGUCCACUAAUCUGGUUCUGAAUGAAUUCCUGAAAGACGAUCCGAUUUCCUUUUCCGACUGGUUUUUCUUCAAUGUUCCCGGAUUGGUUUUGUUGGUGAUGGUUACAUGGUUUUUUCUGACUUGUUACUUUGUUCGCGGCAAUGGCAAACGUGGUGCCAAAUCGAAAUUGGAAUCCGAACAUAACGAAAAGCAAGUGAUGGAAGCGUUGCGUCAGCAAUACGAUCGUCUGGGCCCUAUCCGAUUCAACGAAAUGGCCGUGCUGGCGUUGUUUGGCUUGCUGUUUUCGCUGUGGUUUUUUCGGGCACCGGAUUUUAUGUACGGCUGGACAACGUUGUUUGGCGAUGAAAGCCAUUUUAUCAAAGAUGCAGUGCCCACCAUGUUUGUUGUGUUGCUUUUUUUCAUGAUACCGGCCGAUCCAAGCAAUUUGGCCAAUUCGCCAAUGUUGCUUGACUGGAAAAGCACUCGCGAAAAGGUAUCCUGGUCGGUAAUGUUGCUGAUGGGCGGUGGUUUUGCCAUGGCCAAAGGAUGCGAACUAUCCGGUCUGUCGGUGGUAGUGGGCAAUAGUCUACAGGUGUUGCAACAGUUUCCUCCGUUUGUCAUUACUUUGAUAUUGUGUUCGGUGAGUAUGACGCUGACCGAGUUGGUGUCGAAUGCUGCUGCAAUCAAUAUAAUGCUGCCUGUGAUUCAACAAAUGUCGCAGUCGAUGCAGAUGGACAUGAAUCCAUUGUCGGUGAUGUUGCCGGUGACUGUAAGCUGUUCGUAUGCGUUCAUGAUGCCCUUCUCGUCCGGAACGAAUGCCAUCAUAUUCGAAGCGGGCAAAAUGAAAAGCAGAGAUAUGUUGAUUCCGGGAUUCUUUCUCAAAAUAAUGUGCGUGUUUAUAUUGUUGGCCAUCAACAAUGUCUGGGGACCGGUUAUAUUCGAACUGAAAACAAACGCAACAAUGCUGAGCAACGUCAAUCAAACAACCGCUGCACUUGAUUAGAUUAAAAUUUAUUUUAUUCAAUAAAUUUGUGUUAUAUGCUAUAAAUCACAAUAAAUAUAUCAUCAUCUCAUAAAUAAUCAA